AGUCAUUAUGCGACCUCGAGGGAAAAGAUAAGAUGAGAGGGCCAGGUAAUCCGCGAACUGGCGUCCCCUAAAGAGAAAGCAAAUGCAUAAUGAAAAAAUAAAAAAGAAGAAAAGCCCAAACACACUUUCCACUACAGUAGUAGCCAACGCCCAAAAUUCCAAUCCACAACUUGAUGAGUCUCUCAUUAAUCCAAGUUCCAACAACUGAGUCCUGACAAUUUUUCCCUUACUCAUCAACCUCAUUUCAAACCAGUUCUUCCUUUAUUGUCAUCAUCACCAUCCGUUGUUGAACUUUUAUUUUUGCUUGAAGAGAAGGAAAAGAUGGUGGCGGGCGUUUGGAAGCGGGUGAUAAUAUAAAACGAAGCUAACAAUGGUAACGGGCUCUGAGUCUGAGUCUAAUGGAUGGAGCAGAGCUCGAGGCAUAGUAAUAAAGACGCUAGUAUUGAUAGGAGGUGCAGUUCUUGUCAAGCGCCUCACCAAGUCCACUACCCGUUGGGACCAUGCUCGAUUUGUUUCUCAAUCCCUCAGCGGCGAAAAAUUCUCGAGAGAACAAGCUGCCAGGGAUCCUGAUAAUUACUUCAACAUUAGAAUGCUUACAUGCCCAGCUGCAGAGAUGGUGGAUGGUUCUAAAGUUUUAUAUUUUGAGCAAGCAUUCUGGAGGACUCCACAAAAGCCCUUCCGCCAGAGGUUUUAUAUGGUGAAGCCCUGUCCAAAGGAGUUGAAAUGCGAUGUGGAGGUGAGUUCAUAUGCCAUUAGAGAUGCUGAGGAGUACAAAAAUUUCUGUGAUCGCCCCAAGGAUCAGCGUCCACUUCCUGAAGAAGUUAUUGGUGACAUUGCAGAACAUCUGACAACAAUAUAUCUUAAUCGCUGUGACCGUGGGAAACGCUGCUUAUAUGAAGGUUCUACUCCCCCUGGCGGAUUUCCAAAUUCAUGGAAUGGAGCAACCUUCUGCACUUCUGAACUCGCAAUUUUGAAAAACAAUGAAUUACAUACUUGGGAUAGGGGCUACGAUGAUGAUGGAAAUCAGGUUUGGGGAGUGAAAGAAGGUCCUUAUGAAUUCAAGCCUGCGCCAGGCUCUAGUGUUAAUGACAUGUUUUCUCCCUUGAAUUUCCCUCCUCCGCUAUCAAUGGAGAAAAGAAUAGAGGGUUCUUUUGUAUUGCAAGAAUGAUCACUUGCGACAUCCACAGCAACCAUGUGUAAAAUUUCAAACAUAAAUUAUUUUAUCAAAUUUCUAUUUUCCUGCCA